CUGAUAUGAAUAUAAUUAGAAAUCAUAAAGGUUAAACUAAACUUCUGUAUGAUCGUCAUUUGCCAUGAAUUAAUAUUUUACCGUUCUGUAAUUAAGUAUUAAAAAGAUUUUCAAAUUAAAAAAUAUAUAAUUUUACCAUUUUAGAUCAACACAAUCGUUUAUGGACAAGUGUAGGAAAUUAAAAACAUGAAUUAGUUUUACAAAAGAAAACAUUUUUCAUUAUAUAAGUACCAAUUUUAUCCUUUAAAAAUGUGGAACGGUAUAACUAUUGGUUAUAGUACAGCUGAUGAGACUAUAAAUUUCGGUACUCGUGCUGUAGCCAUUGGUGAUAGCAGGAUAUUUGAAACCACAACUUUGGCUACAAUAAAGAAAACAUGCAAUACAAAAUGUGUGACAAAAGAAGAUCUCAAAAUCAAUGCUAUGUGUACACCUGAUUUAAUGUACAUUUCCUCUGGUCAAUCUUUUAUUUUGUUCAAUACUGGUGUUACAGAAAUCAAUCAAACUUUUGAAUUUCCUAACCAAAUAAUUGAUGCUAAAAUCUCUGGUGAUGGUUGUUACUUAGUUGUGUUAUUAGAUGAUUGGACAAUAUAUUGUUGUUCAUUCAAAAAUCCUCAGAUUUUAUUUGUUAGGAAAGUAUCUAAGAAUCCACGUUGUUUGCCUUCUGAUAUGGAAGAACUUAUAGGACUUGUUUUUUCUUUUGAAAACAAUAAUUUUUUUAUUACAGUUUUUACAUCUUCUGGAUUUAUCAACAAUUUUAUUUGUGAUGAUGUCAUGGGAUUAAUAGAAAAAUCUUCCACUAAUGAUGAUUUUAAAAAUAUUGAAAAUCUUGUAAUUGUAAAUACAUAUGAUAUACAUGAAAAUGUCAAAACUUUUAGUAGAGUGAAAAAUAAUAUUUUAAUUGCUGGUGACAGUAUUUGUAUCUAUGAAGAAGAAAAUUUAAGAUCUAAAGAAUUUUUAUUUCCAGACAUCUAUAAAAUUAAAAAACUUGUUUUCACUGAAGAUAAAAGUUUUAUCAUCUGCCUAACUAAUUCAAAAACUAUGUUAUUGGUUUGUGCUUUUACAUUUAUACCAGCUAAAGAAUGGAAUGAAGUGCCAAUUUGUGAUUUCACUGUGAUGCAAGAAAUGAAUACAACUAGUAUUGUAUUAUUAACUGAUGAAGAACAACCUUCAUUACUUCUAGUUUCUUUACCAGAUUUUAGUGUAACAUUCAAGCUACCAACAUCCCCAUUUACUUAUCUUAUUGAUUAUCCAAGCACAUCUGAUGGUUUGUUAUACUUGGAAGCAAGCGGUGAUGAAGAUAUUAACACAUUGAGUGUAAAAAUUAUAACUGAAGGUCAACCAGACUUACGUUUAGCGCGAAUGUUAAGAAGAGGAAAAUAUGACGAAGCUCGAAACUUUGCAGCAGCUUUUAAUCUUGAUCCAGAAACAGUGUAUAAGGAACAAGUUAAAGGCCUUAUGGGAAAAUUAGAUGUAUGGCAAUCCGGAACUGAUGAUUUACAAAAAACUUUUGAGGAAAUGAUAAAUUACUUGAAUAAAAUAAAAGAUCACUUAUUUGUUGGCUAUUGUGCUCUCAAUACAAUUGUACCAAAUUUUAUACUUUGUAGAAAACUUUUAAGGUAUGCACUUUUAAGAAUAAAGUCAUCGCAGGUAUCUGAAGAUAAAUUAACAGUUAUACUUGAUCAAUUGCAAUUCACACUUCAUAAAUUGAAUACAUUUUGUCUUUUGAAUGAUGUAUCUGAUACUUUAUCAACCUGGUCUAUUGAAAAUACUGAAUUAUGGCUUCGUUUUUGUAAACAAAAUGUCAAUAAAAUUUGUUUGGAUUAUAUACAAAAAAAUCAAUUAAGUGAUGCAUUGACGGUUUGGAGUCGUCAUAUUGCAGAAAUAAGAGAUUGCAUUUCUGAAGAAUUUAUAAAUGAAUAUUUUUCAAACAUACCAUUAUCUGUAGAUAUUCAAGACUUAAAAUUAUGGACUAUGAGUUUUGCUUCAACAACACUUUUCAUGUUUCAUGAUGAAACAGUAGCUUCUAUGGUUUCUUAUAUUGAAAGUAAAGUUAGAUGGAAUGAAUUAUAUAUGCAUUUAGAUUGGAUAAAUUCUAGCUUAGAAAUUUGCCGUUACUUUUUAUACAUCAUCAAUUAUAUUGUUGCAUCUCCUCUUUGUUUAAGUAUUUCUCGAGCACCAGAACCUCAAAAAAAAUUGAUCUUAUUGAUAAAAUACUUAGACGAAUUAAAAGAACUAAAUGAUAAUUUUAAUGUAAAGAUUACUCUAGAUGAUUAUGAAUUAUCUCAUGAAGACAAAAAUUAUUCAGAAUUAUCAUUUUUAAUGUUUGAUCAAAUACAAUUGAAUAAAUUUCCAUAUUUUAUUUCAACAUUUUGGUCAACGUUUACUCUAGAACGGUUUUUAAAUUCUGAUGAAAUCUUAUCUGCAUAUAUUAAAAAUAUUGUUAGUCAAGAUGAUUGUUGGGGGUCUUGGGAAGAAAAAGCAAUUUUGCUCUUGAAUUAUAUAUCUAAUAAAGAGAUAAAAUCUGAUUCGGUUUUAAGUAUUUUAAAAGCUGCAAGUAUCCCUUGGUCAGAACUUAUGGUAAAACUUUGUGAUGAUACACUGCUUACUGAUUUGAAUACAGUAACUAUUAAAGAUAUCGAAGAAGUUAAAAAUUUGCUUACCAGUAAAUUAAUACUAAAAAGUUAUAAUCUUUCGUUUACUAAUAUUACACCAAGUAUAAUUAUUAUUGCUGUUCAAAAUAUUUGUACUCAAAAUCGACCAACUGUAUUAGAAGAUAUUGUUAAAUUAAUUAGUACACAGCCGGAAACUGUUCAACAAGAAGCAUAUGAAAUUUAUAUUCAGUACUUAAUUGAAUCUGGUCUUGUUGAUAAAGCAAUUGAAUCAUUGACAAAUCCUCAGAUAAUUCCUAAUUCAUUGGUAUCAUGGAUAUGUACCACAGUUUGGAUUACUUAUAAUAGUUUAAGAAAUCUUUCACUUUUUGUUGAAGAAGCGUCUAAAUAUUUUACUGUGGUAAAAUUUUUAGCUAAAAGUCCCAUCAUUGAUAUUCGACCUGAGUGCAGACAUUAUGCAAAUAUUUUAGUUAAUAUUUAUCAUUUAAAGAAUGAAUUUCAAAUUGAAUGUUCUUUAUCUGAGUACAAUUAUGAAGAAAAGCUACUAAUUAAAUGUGUCAAUUCAAUUCUUAACAGUGAUUUUUUGAAUAAUACAACAAGUUUUCUUAUACAAGCCAAAUUAUCAAGAUUAUCAAGUUUAUUAUUUGAUACUUUUGAAAAUGUUGUUGUGCAAUUUAUUAAAGAAUCUGCCUUACAAAAUAAUAAUGAAAAUAUUUGUCUAUUUGGUCAAUUUAUAAAUCAAUUUGGCAGUGUUAGUCCUCAACUAGCAACUAAAUUAUUAGAACUAGGAGAACUUUUAGUAUCUAGGUAUGAUCCAGUUUCCCAAUCCAUGUUUAAAAUACCACUUUGGACAUUAAUUCGGCGAAUUACACAACUAGUGACUGUUAACAGUGAAUCAAGUAUGUUAACCAGAGCUGUUGAAUUAAGACAGUGGGUUGAACCUUUUUAUUUAACAUGUGGUGAUGUAGUGAACAAUGAUAAUAUGGAAUUGGGAUUAGCAUAUUCUUGGAGAAAUGCAAUUAUUGACAAAAGUUCUAUACAUGCAGAGUUAUUUGAUCAAUUUGAAAUGUUUAGUUCAUUUUUAAACUCAUUGAAUCUUGAAUCUUCAUUAUAUUGCUACAAGAAAAUAGAUAUUAAAGAUUCAUUUAAUAGUAUUCCAUCACCUGAUGAUAUAAUGUCUUCACUAGAGUUCUUUCAAGGUCAAAAUCUAAUUGGUCUUCACAUAACUGUAACACAAGUUAUGUGUUUGUAUCGUGUUAUUCUAAAAAAUCAACUAAUAUUGGAACCUGAAUUAAUUAAUAAAGGAAAUAAUCUAAUUAGAAGUAAUGUACGGCAAAUAUUAAGAAAUGUGACAUAUUCUCGAAAUUUAGACAUAGAUUUAGGCUUAGGUCUUUUGAAUACCCUUAAGCCACAUGAUGCUUUCAAUUGGCUGGAAGAUGCUCUAAAUAAUGUUGGAAUGAACUAUCAAAAACUAAUAAAUAUCACAGAUUUGGGAUUAGUUUAUGUACGUUUAAAUCUUGAUACUGCUGGUGAUUUAUAUGAAACUCUCAAAUCAACUAAAAACAAAUGUAUUUGGGGUAAAAAACUAAUGAAGUUUGGAUUUGCCUUUAAAGAUGCAUUUUAUAAUUCAGAAUUAGAUCAACGCCAUUUAUUACAAAAAAUGAUACGAUCUCCCAGCAUUUCAUUAAAUGUUUUAAUAGACUACUGUAAGGAUACACAUUUUGAUAUGCAACAAACUGCUAAACUAUUUUUAGAAAGCUGUUUAAUACAAUGGGAACCAUAUAUACCAAAUGAAAAAGAAGAAAAGACAUUUGAUUGGAUAGCCAAAAUAAUUGAAGAUAAAAAUACAUUAUUAAAAAAAUGUGAAGAUAUUUUCAAUGUUAUAACCGACAAAACUUAUGUAUUAGAUUUUCUUUGGAACCAUGUUUGGGAACAAGUAAAUAUAUAUUAUUAUGAAGUAUUUUUGGUGAUAGUAAGUUUAAUUGAAAAGUAUGGUGAGAAUGCAGUUGUAAAGUUUAAUACUCAAAAAGAGAUUUUGUUAUUUUUAACACAAUACAAACGAGUUAGUGUUCCUGAAGAACACGAACAAGAAAUUUGGUUUUCCAUGUUUCAAGAAUCUCAGUCAUUACCUCCUAUUUCUAAAUACCGUUUACCUUACGUUCCACUUGCUAACAAAAAAAAGAAAUUUGGACAUCGUGAAAUGCAAGUUUGGAAAAUUAUAAAACCAGAAUUAACAUUCCUUACAUAUAAUAAAUGGUUUUCAAUAAUUGAAGCAAUUGGAAUGGAUAAAGAUACAUUAUGCAUUUUUACUGUAAAAAAUAUGGUGAAUGAGGUAGCCGCUAAAGAUAAGAACAUUGAAUGGUACUUACAUAUGCGCUUUAAAUCAUUAUUAAGGGAUAUUCAAAAAGUACUGAGCAAUGUAAAGAAUUUGGAAGUUGUUGCUGCCUCCCUUUAUUUUGUUGUCAAUAGCUUACCUUUAGGUGCUGAUCAGUUGGCAGCAGCUAAGAUUUGUCAUUCACAAGCUCAAGAAUGGGUUAAAUUGGAAAAUUCAGAAAAUGCAAAGUCUGGUAUUACAAAAGUUGUUACGAAAUAUGUAUUGACUACCACUAAACAUAUACUGCACAUGUAUGGAUUUGGCAAGCCAAAUUAUUUACAAUUAGCAUUGAAACCUAAUGAAUUAAUUAGAGAACUAUAUAAUGAUCCAAUUAUAUUAAAAAGACAUACAGGCGAGAUUAAAUUAUUUCCUGAUAUUAACGGUGCAGUAGAUGCUAUUGUUGAAGUUCAUGGUAAAGGGGGUUUGGCACUCAAAGUAGAUUUAUUGAAAGAAUGGUUACAACCAUCGUCAUGUGGGUCCAUGAGUUCCCCUAAUAAAAGUAUGGCUAUGUCAACAAACAAUUCGUUUAAUGCUACUCAAGAAAAUUUAACAAUUAGUGAAGGUGUUUUAAGAGCAUGCUAUUUACUAGAAAAUGAUACACCUGCAUACAAUCUACAUAAUUUCCUUAUAUGUCAAGCUUAUAAUGAAGAUGACAAUGAUUCUAUGUGUCCCACAAGUGUGCGACUCAGGGCAUUACAAUGUUUGUGUUUGGCUACUACUGAGAAUAUUGAAGAAAUAACAUGUAGAACAAAAGAAAUGAUGAAAAAUAAUUUAAUUGAACUUUCAAUUAUAACCGAGUUAGAAACUCUUGGAAUCAAUUUUUCUCCUAUCAGAUAUCGUGGAUGUGAUAAGUCUAAAUUAGUCCAGUCACUUUUAGCAAGAAAAACUUUGAUUGCCACUAAAUUAGCAUCACAUUUAUGUGUUUUAUAUUCACAAUCAAUGAAUUCAAGUAUUUGGGAUACAUUAUUAUCUAGAUUAAUACAUUUUACAAUAAUUAAUGAGCUAGAAAAAGUACUUAUUCAUUUAAUGGAUAAAUGGCAUCAAUUAACAUUCGAAAUAGUUGAAAAAGCAUGGAAUGUUUUUCUCAAGUCAUCAUUUAACAAUGCUAAAGAUUCUUUUGAGGUUACACGUUGCAUCAAACUAGUGUUCAGUUGUCCAGUGUUAGACAGAAUUGAUUUGGAUCAAAUUAUCAAUCAUUGUGAACAGUUCGAACUCAAUCAAUAUGUACAUAAACUAAAAUAUUUAAAAUGAUAGAUUUUUAAAUUUAAAUUUGUAUAUAAACAUGUAUUGAUUAAAUUUUUUAU